AUGUCACCACACCGAUUCAUUGUCUUGGCCAUCACACCCGACGACCCAAAUAUCAAGACCAUCAAAGUCAAAGUCCGCGUCUCUACCCUCCAGGAGCAUUCUCCGCUCUUCUCCUACAUCGAACACAUCUCCCACGUCCCCACCACCCACAUCACCCUCCCCAACACCUCUCCCCUCGUGCUCACCAGCCUCAUACAUUGGCUCAAAACCGGUAAUGCCCCCCCACACUUAUCCGCGGCCAGCUUCCCAUUUAUUCUCAAGCACUGGGUCUUGGCGCGCGCUCUCGGGCUCUGGAGAUACCAGAAUGCAUGCAUUCGACUUGGUUUGUCGGCAAUGCAAUCGAAGCAUAGCAUCUGCGAGAUUGAGACGGUCAAGUGGGUGUACGAGAAUACUCAUCCGGGUAGUACGUUGAGGGAUUUUGUCAUCAAGAUCUUUUGUCAGCGUGGGGGCCCGGUUACGAAGGAGGUUUUUAGUAAGGGGGUUGAGGAGUUGGGUAUCGUGAGGGAUUUGAGCUAUUGGUUAUGGGUGUUGGAGAAGGCUAGGGGGAUACCGGAGAAGACGUUGAAGAAACCAGAUUGGACUGGGGAGUUGUAUCCUCUUCCUGAGUUCUUGGUAUUUGAUGAGACAGGAAAUCAAAUGCCGGAUAAGUUCCAUUUUGUUGGGGAUGAAGGCGCAUUCUGGGGAGCUGAGGCUGUGGCAAAACAGCUAGGUCUCUGCUGA